AUGCAUGAAUCCUCCAUAUCUACAAUCCUGACCAUAUCCCUUGGUGCAAAAAUCGUGCUGUUCUUCCUCGAGGCACAAGCGAAACAUGGCUACCUCAAGGAACCCUAUAACUCUUACUCACCAGAGUCGUCUUGUGGUAUUCUUAACUGGAGCUUUCUUUUGUGGCUCAAUGACCUGUUCAUCACCAGCUUCAAGAAAAUAAUGACAUAUGAAGUCCUAUCCAGGAUCGAUGAACGGAUAGAUUCUCGAGUCCUUGAAGAGAAAAUAGGGAGAGCAUGGGAUGCCCACACGGCAAUCUGCUUGCUACUAGAGUGGCUAUUGACUAUACCCCCACGCCUUGCCCUGGUUGGAUUAAACUACGCACAGCCCUUAAUGACCAGUCGCGCUCUCAACUUACUCAGUAAUAAGACUCCAAAGAAUCCUGGAACUAUGAUCCAGGAUGGGCUGCAGUUUGAGGGUGCAGCUUUGAUCUUAAUGUCUACAGAUAUUGAAAGUAUCGUAGACUCCCUCGAGCCAAUGAACGAAAUAUGGAGAAGCACAAUUGAGAUUGCCAUCGGAAUUUGGCUCCUAGAGAGGCAAUUAGGAGAAAACUGCGUUGUUCCUAUUAUCAUCAUUUUGCACAACUAUGGAGUCAAGCGAUCCAAGAACGACGCAAAAAGCUUUUUGUUCGAACUACCGCUUUCAGAUGGAUUUAUGUGGCUCAUUAUCGAUCCUACACUCCUUGGAGCAGCAUUGAACACCACCCUUGUUUUGAAUCAAUCGUUACAAAAGUUUAUUAGAUCAUGGACAUCGCUAGAGACAUCUCUGGGAGCCAUUGCUAGAGUCAAGUCAUGCAUUGCUUCGACACCAACAGAGGGCCAUCCCGGAGAGGACAGGAAACCUCCUGCGGUACGGCCAAGUAGGGGUGAAAUCAAGUUCGAGUCAGUGUCCGCUUCAUACGACGGAGUUUGCAGGGCAUUAAGCAACAUCACAAUGCGACUACAACCUGGUGAAAAGAUUGGCAUAUGCGGGCGGGCUGGUAGCGGGAAGAGUUCUAUAAUCCUAAGUCUUCUCUGGCUACUCGAUAUAUCGACCAGUUCUAUUGUUAAGAAUACUGCAAAGGAAGACAAAGAGAUAACACGUACUACCACCCUAAUCUGUUUCGGCCCUCUCAGUCGCCAAUUACAAGCAUCUGCGCUGUUGUACAUCACAAUACCUGGGGAGAUUGUUAAAGAGCUCCUUCUCAAGGUUGUCGGGACCGUCUCUUGGAAGUGGAACCUAGGAUCUCGGGACCUUGUGGCUGUGAUAUCAGAGCGUGUCAUCCUUUCUCCAGAGUAUGGUUGUACAUAG